AUGCUCUCGUUGGCUGGCCCUCGCUUCAUAUUCUUCGCCAAACCCACUGGCUCCAGGGCAUCUACAAGUCUCUGCUGGGUAAAACCCGCCUUAUCUCAGCUCAAUGGUCACCAUAGCAGCACCCACCUGCAACACGUGCUCCAGGAGUCUGGGACCAGCAUCCAGGGGAAUCUGGAGAGCGUCACUAAAAGCCUUAAACCCUCUGCUUGCUGUGGGGACCCAGAGGAGUACUUCAUUGUGAUUGACAAACACGCAAUGCCUUGUAAGCCACCAGACUCUCUUGCCUGUUUUGAUGAGCUUUUCAAAGCUCAUUUUGUCUUUGGUACCUUGGAGAACCAGGAUCUGACUCCUCCCUGUGUGAUCGGAGGAGAAGAUGGGAGGACGGAAGAUUCUGGAGAAAAAGGAGAGGAGACAGCAGUGGACUACGGCUUCCCCAGACACGGUGGUGAGGAGACAGCAGUGGACUACGGCUUCCCCAGACACGGUGGUGAGGAGACAGCAGUGGACUACGGCUUCCCCAGACACGGUGGUGAGGAGACAGCAGUGGACUACGGCUUCCCCAGACACGGUGGUGAGGAGACAGCAGUGGACUACGGCUUCCCCAGACACGGUGGUGAGGAGACAGCAGUGGACUACGGCUUCCCCAGACACGGUGGUGAGGAGACAGCAGUGGACUACGGCUUCCCCAGACAUGGUGGUGAGGAGACAGCAGUGGACUACGGCUUCCCCAGACAUGGUGUGUUGCUGCUGCAACAGCAGGUAACUGAGGCUGAGGUCUGGGCUGAGGAUGAGGUCUGGGCUGAGGCCGAGAUAGGGGCUGAUGCUGGGGUCGGAGCAGAGGCCGGGGUUGGGGUUGGGGUCUGGGUUGAUGCUGGAGUUGGGGCUGAGGCCAAGGUCGGGGAUGAGGCUGGGGUCAGGGGUGAGGCUGGGGUCAGGGGUAAGGCUGGGGUCAGGGGUAAGGCUGGGGUCGGGGCUGAGGCUGUGACUGAGGAUGGGGUCGGGGCUGAUUCUGGGGUCAGUGCUUGGGUCAGGGCUAAGGCUGAGGUUGGGGCUGUGGCUGUGACUGAGGCUGGGGUCAGGGCUAAGGCUAAGGUCAGGGCUGAGGCUGGGGUUGGGGCUGAGGCUGUGACUGAGGCUGGGGCUGAGGCUGUGACUGAGGCUGGGGUUGGGACUGAGGUCGGGGCUGAUUCUGGGGUCGGUGCUUGGGUCAGGGCUAAGGCUAAGGUCAGGGCUGAGGCUGGGGUUGGGGCUGAGGCUGUGCCUGAGGCUGGGGCUGAGGCUGUGACUGAGGCUGGGGUUGGGACUGAGGUCGGGGCUGAUUCUGGGGUCGGUGCUUGGGUCAGGGCUAAGGCUGAGGUCACGGCUGGGGAUGGGGCUGAGACUGUGACUGAGGUCGGGGUUGAGGUCGGACCUGGGGCUGAGGCCGGACCUGGGGCUGAGGCUGGGGCUGAGGCCAGUUUCGGAGCUUGUUUGGCUGGGGUCGGGACUAUUGAGGCCGAGGAUGGGGCUGAGGUCGGGGCUAGUGAGGCUGAGGCUGAGAUCAGCAGCUGUCCCAAGGGAUGCCUGUGUUGCUCCGACAUCCUCAGCUGCGCCGACCAGGGUUUGAAGGCGCUGCCCUCUGAGCUGCAUGCGUACAUCACCACCCUGGACCUCAACCACAACCACCUGACUAAGUUGAAGGAGGGAAGCUUUGCUGCGCUGCCCCGUCUGGAGUCCCUCCGCCUGGCUCACAACCGGCUGAAAUGCCUCGAGGCCGGAACCUUCCGGAACAGCAGAUCGCUACGGCAACUGGACCUGUCGUCGAAUCAGCUAGACAAAGUGGAGGUGCACUACUUUCUGGAGCUGACAGGAUUGGAGGAACUGCUGCUCUUCAACAACCGCAUCGUUCGGGUGGAGAGCAAGGCCCUUGCGGCGCUCAGCAACCUGCGCAAGGCCUACGUCAGCCACAACCACCUCACGGACUUCCCAUUCUUCUCCAUCCAGGAGGACAGCCACCCCUUCCUGGCCACCAUGGACCUGUCCUCCAACAGCAUGUCCAAACUCCCCCUGGUGGACAUCGAGACCCUGCCGGCGGCCUUGCAGAGCGGACUCUUCCUCCACAACAACACCCUGAUCUGCGAGUGCGAAAUGUACAAUAUGUUCCGGCGCUGGGAACAGAAGGGAUUCACCUCCGUCAGGGAUUUUCGUGAGGAAUACACCUGCCUGGUGUACGGGGAACGCAAGGCCUCCGUUAAGUUUUUCCAGCACAGACGCUUCUUUGAACUGAACUUAAACUGCAGUUCGGCAGUGGCUGGAGCUGUCAGGGAGCCUGAGGGCAGCCUGCUGGUGUACGAAGGAGAUGGCGUGGUUCUGGACUGUCACACCACGCUCAGAGGACAGCACCUGACCUACCUGUGGGUGUCACCUCACCAUGGAGCCGGUGCUCCGCCGGAGAACAACGGCACUCUCCGCAUGCACGCCAACGGCAGCCUGGAGAUCGUAUCAGCGCAGGCUGAGGACUCCGGCGUGUACUGGUGCAAGGUCUUCGACGCAGUCAAGAAGAACGAGUCAUGGGAGGUCAACGUGACGGUGUUGAUGCGGCACGACGAGGCCGAGCCCUUCAACACGGGGUUUACGACCCUCAUAGGGUGCGUGACGACCCUCGUCCUGGUCCUCAUGUACCUCUACCUGACCCCUUGCCACUGCUGGUGCUGCAAGCACCCCCUGCCGCCGGGUACCCCCAGCCCCGCCAACGACCAGUCCUCGAUCCUGACCUCCCCCCCACCCAGCACCACAGAGGGCCCAGGCCGCAAGAUGUGUGAAUCUACCUUUACUAUCACCGAUCAAAGUCCUCGUCUGGGAGCAUGGAACAAUCUUCCAUCACCACGGUAACAUCAGACGGCAGGGCAACCGACAGAGGCAGACUCCGGAUGAUGUCACAAAAACAACAACCAAUUUCCUGAAAAAAAAGAGAGAAGACUAAAGUCUUUAAAGUAGGACUGAAUAGUCUUCUAUAACCAGCUUCAACAAAGACCACUGUCUCCUGUAUAUAGGCACAGAGCGGUUUCUCCACACACCACAAAUAAAAGCCAACAACUAACUACCUAUGCACAUCUCACUCAAUCACUGUGAAUUGUAAUGCUUUUAACAGAGCCACGAGGCCAAAUAUAUCAGUAUUGUUAGGCUAUAGCACGGUGACAAAGAGGACAAUAUCAGCAAUCAUUUGAAACAUUAUUAUGUAGAUAGUGAAAGUAGUCUAGAGUAACACAAUAUAGAAUGACUGACCUAUAGUAGUGCAGAAUUAUUUGUAGAUUAUUUACUGAAAAUUGUUUGUAGAUUAUUUAGUGCAGAUAAUUUAGUGUAGAU